GACACCACAGGACGCACAAGCUAAGAUAACCAGGCAGCGCCAGGACACCUAUGGGGAACUAAGCUGAUGUGUCCCUAGCUGGUAGCAAAGAAGGAGGGCGGAGCUGCGCAUGCGCUCUCCGCACUGACACGUGGACAAGCCCAGGUCCCAGGAUCACUUCUUCGCUCAGAAGAAGUGGGCUCCGCCUCCUCUCCGGCUGAUGCGAGCCGGAGGGUGCCAGCGCCAGCAUGGCCGGGGGGCCGGGCUCGUCUGUGCUGUUCCUGCACCCGGACUUGGGCCUGGGCGGCGCCGAGCGGCUGGUGGUGGAUGCGGCGCUGGCGCUGCGGGCGCGCGGCUGCCGCGUGCAGAUCUGGACCGCACACUACGACCCCGCGCGCUGCUUCUCGGAGACGCGCGGCCUGGCGGUGCGGAGUGUGGGGGAUUGGCUGCCCCGCAGCCUCUUCGGGCGGGGCCACGCGCUCUGCGCCGCGCUGCGCAUGGCCUACGUGGCUCUCUACGUGCUGCUGCUGAGCGGGGAGGAGAUGGACGUGUUCGUGUGCGACCAGGUAUCUGCUUGUAUCCCAAUUCUCAGACUGGCCAGAACUCCUAAGAAGGUUUUGUUUUACUGUCACUUUCCUGAUCAGCUUCUGACCAAGAGAGAAUCUUUUCUUAAACGCAUCUAUAGAGCUCCACUUGACUGGUUGGAAGAGUAUACUACUGGCAUGGCAGAUUGCAUUGUUGUCAACAGCAAUUUUACAGCAAAUGUCUUCAAGAAUACAUUUAAAUCCUUAAAUCACAUUAAACCAGAUGUCCUAUACCCUUCGUUGAAUGUCAGUACCUUUGAAACAAUUCUUCCUGCAGAUAUAGCUAGUAUAAUUCCCCAAAGGAAAAAAUAUUUGUUUCUUUCAAUCAAUAGAUUUGAAAGGAAAAAAAACCUAGCAUUAGCUCUGGAAGCAUUACAUGAUCUUCGUGGAAGGCUCGAUGCUCAAGAGUGGAAUGAAGUUCAUCUAGUUUUAGCUGGUGGUUAUGAUGAAAGAGUGUUGGAGAACGUGGAACAUUAUGAAGAGCUGAAGACUAUUGCAACCAAGCUUAAUAUUAGCGAGCAAGUCACUUUCGUGAGGUCUUUUUCAGAUGAACAAAAAAUCUCUCUUUUCAGUAACUCUCUGUGUGUGCUUUAUACGCCAAGCAAUGAACACUUUGGCAUAGUUCCUUUGGAGGCUAUGUAUAUGAGAUGUCCAGUUAUAGCAGUUAAUUCAGGUGGUCCUUUGGAAUCUGUUAUAAAUAAUGUUACAGGAUUUUUGUGUGAUCCUCUUCCAACACAAUUUUCUGAGGCCAUGGAAAAAUUUGUGAGAGACCCUGCCUUAAAGAAUACAAUGGGAGCAGCUGGAAGAGCAAGAGUUACAGAAAAAUUUUCAUCAGAAGCAUUUACAGAACAGCUGUACCAAUACAUAUGUAGAUUUACACAAUAACAAAUACACUCCAUAGUGUAAUUUACUGCUUUGUCAUGUUUCUGAUUUGUACAUAAGACAGUUAAUUUAACUAACAUCUAGGCUAGUGCAAGGAUGCUGAAAUAUUUAGAAAAUUUGAAUUAAUCUUUAAACUACACUUUUGAUAGUAUGUUUCAUGCCAGUUGCCACAAAAUAACAAGAUUUUAGUUGAGGUUGUAUUUGUUUACCACUGACUACAUUGAAUUUUUGCUGUGUUUCAUGUACUAAAAAAUAUUUUAAUAAAUUUAUUAGACUUCCUAGUUUGAACUGGGGAAAGUUAAAAUUAUGGCAAGUCUGACUUCAGGUUGUAUAAGAUGAUUAACUUUCUUAUUUAACCUUUCUUCUCUACACUUGCUAUGAAUUAACUUUACAGUGCAAGUCUUUUGUUGUAAUACUCUGCACCAUAAUUUUCCUUUUGAAUGAAUUUCUACUGAAAGGCUCUGCCAGAUCUCCACCAAUUCUGGUGUGGAUGGUGUCAUUGAAAAUACAGUGAGUUAUACAUAUGCAAUAAAGUCCCAAGGGUUUUUUUGUUUUUUUUUAAAUGCCAACUAGUGGUCUGGUGAUCUUGAACAGUCUUAUACUGUCUAUUUGUCGGUGAACUCCUGUCCUUAAAUAGUAUCAUCUAAUCAUCUCUGAUGUCAUAAUCCCAGUAAUUAGCUGCUGUUCUUGGAGCAGUAGCAGAGGGAAGAGAGAGAAGGAGGAAACUAAGAAUGUCAAAAUCCCUCAGACAAAAAAUGGGACCAACAUUUAACCCCAUUUCUCUCAAAAGUCCCUGAAAUCUUGAAUAUCAGCCGUUGUACUAAAUGUCUACAUCUACUGAAUUAAAGUGCUACAUUUCAUUUUGUCUAUUAGAAGCAUUUCUUUAUACAGCUUUCCUUUGUGGAUUUGCUGAUCCCUCACAUAACCAGGUAGAUAUGUGGAAAAAAUCUUGACAUUUUUCUUCCAUUUCUUUUAAAGUUGUAUCUCAUAGUCUUGGGUUGUGCAAAAAUGGUAAUUUGAAUGAAUAUUUCCCACAGUCAAAAUGUCAAAAAAUGAGUUUUUAAAAGAGAAGGUAGUAUGUUUUUAUGGUCCAUCACUGCAUAAAAGUUCAGUUAUGCCUUUUAAAACUAAGAUGGUGGAUGAACUCAUAGUGAGGAAAGUGUACAGUACUCUGUUUUGGUUUUUAGAAAAUCACACAAAGAACAAAUUAAUGCAUGAAGUUAAAGAACAGCCUUAGAUAUAGAUUCUGCAAGCUUCUCUGUGCAGGGAGAUUUCAGUGUGGAGCAGGCCUUAGAUAUGUUUAAUAUAUAGUGGCUCUCAUAGAGAACAAUGCAUCAGAACAUCACUUGAUAAGAUUCUAAGGGACUGUAUUUUGUUAGUGUUAUAGUAGCUUGCUAGAAAUUUGCUUCUAAGUUUAUAUUUUAUGCACUGUAUGCAAGCUAAAGUUGUAUUUUGGUCUGAAAUCCUAUUAAGGGAGGUGAAUAUUAACUCAAUAAUCUGAGGAUAAGGAAUAUCAGAUUUUUAUAAAUACCUCAAAUCAUUUUACUGAUCUUUGCCGACCCAAUUCACUUUAUUGAACUUUGUCUUAUAUGGUUUUUCAUCUACAAUAUACUAUUUGUAUGUGAUGGAAUAAAAUUGAAUUGAAUUUUGUAAAUGGAUAUGUAACUUGCAUAAUUCGCUCAUUCUCUGAGGGUUAGGUUCUGUACUUAUUCUGUAUGUGCUCUCUGUGUAUCAUAGUGUGUGUACACUUUGGGGAUAGUUAACCUUUAUUCCAAGGUGUGUCUAUAAAUUUUCCAAAUUUUA